AUGCCUACUGUCAGCAUUGGAAGAGAUCGUCUCUUCGAGGCUCUAGGAAAAACUUACACGGAAGAAGAGUUCAAAGAACUUUGUUCCAGGUUCGGGAUUAAGCUCGAUGACGUUACUUCUGAAAAGGAAAAACAUUUGGAUAAAGGAGCUAAAGGCAAUGGAGAAAUUAUCUACAAAAUUAUAGUACCUGAUCAUAGAUCUGAUUUGCUUUGCCUUGAAGGGAUUGCUCAAGCGCUUAGAAUCUUCAAUGGGCAGCAGGAGAUACCAACAUAUAAAGUGGCUAACAUCAGUACAAAAUCAAUGAUUAAGAUGCAUGUGAAGCAAGAGACGUGUUCAGUUCGUCCCUAUGUUCUUUGUGCUGUUUUAAGAGACGUAACAUUUGACACUGCAAGUUAUAACAGCUUUAUUGAUCUCCAAGACAAGCUUCAUGAGAACAUUUGUCGGCAAAGAACCCUAGUAGCGAUUGGGACUCAUGACCUGGAUACAUUACAUGGCCCUUUCACAUAUGAGGCUUUGCCGCCUUCAAGUAUAAAUUUUGUUCCACUCAAGCAGGAGAAGAAUUUCAGAGCUGAUGAGCUGAUGGAGUUUUACAAAUCAGAUUUGAAACUGGAAAAGUUUUUGCACAUAAUUGAGAACUCACCAGUGUUCCCUGUGUUGUAUGACAGUACAAGAACUGUUUUGUCUUUGCCCCCUAUUAUAAAUGGUGCACAUUCAGCAAUCAAAUUAGAGACAAAGAAUGUAUUCAUUGAAUGUACUGCCACUGAUCUGUCAAAAGCCAAGAUUGUUUUAAACGUAAUGGCGAAAAUGCUUUCAGAAUACUGUGAAAGAAAGUUUGAAAUUGAGCCAGUUGAAGUGAUAUAUUGUGAUGGCAAGUCAUAUAUUUAUCCUGAUUUAUCUGUCUACAAUAUGGGCGUUUCUCUUUCCAAUAUUACUGGUGCAAUUGGAGUGCCCUUGGUGGUUGAUGAGGAAAGAAGCAGGCCAAAUGUUCCACAAGAUCCACCUGCAGUUCUAGUGGAGAAUGUUGGAGUUGUUGGUGGAGCUGUUGUUGGUGGAGCUACACGAGUGCAUAACCCACAGGAUUUAGAAUACUUGCAAGAUUCUGUUAGUGGAGCUGUUGGUGGAGCUACAUGA